UAAACAUUUUAUACGUGUGUGUGUGUGUGUGUGUGUGUGUGUGUGUGUGUGUGUGUAUGCAUGCUCAGCUCAGGUUCCUUACGGUUGAAGAAGGUCAGCAAAGUUCCCUGCUCAGCUGGCAUCCAUCCGCUCUCCGCGGGGUCACGUGUUCACCUCUCACUGACGCAUGCGCUGCCCAGAGCCGUCCGUGGUGGCCAUCUUGCACACGGUUACGCCUCGUUGAUGUUUCUUGGAGUGAGGUUGAUGGACUGCGGGCUAUGCAGCCUUUCAAGUUUUUACUGGAUAAUUGCCACUGUGUUCUUUUUCUUAUUAAAACAAUUUUUAAUGUUUAUAUAUUACUUUGAGAGAGAAACAUUUGACCUUGAAGCUUUCGAUCCGAGGUAGAACUGGAGUGUGUUGUGAGAUAGGAGUCCAGUUUUACAUUCCGGUGUGACUCCAGUCUUCCAGGCUCCAUUUGCUGUGUUUCCUCUCCUUCUGUGCCCGAGCCACUCUGCCCCCUCUGCCAGAGCUCCCUGCGUGUGUUUCCCGAACUCUUACUCUUUUUCUGUUGCUCGUUUGUCUCCUCUUCGUGCCAGUACCGCGGUGUGUGAGAGUCCGUGAUUCCGUGACAGCACUGUCCUCGGAGAUUGGAGGUGUCCUUCCCUUUAUUUUUGCCUGUUUAACCCUUCAUACAAGACCUUUCAUCAGACUGUGAAGCUCCUUGAUGCCCCAGGUGGCAUUUUAUAGGGAAUUCUGUUGAAAUUGUUUUUACUCAUUUGGGUAGAAUUGUCAGUUUUAUAUUAUUUUUAUUCCCCCCAGUUCUGUUGAGUAGUAAGGGGCCUGCAUCACAUAUGGGUUUCCCCACCAUGCAAAAAUAGAGCAUUUCUGUGGAACUUUUCAUUAGAAGAAAUUACCAUUUAUUUAUAUGGAAAUUUUUUUUUUUACUAUUUUCAUACUCUUAAAAAUAAUCUCUCAGGGUUUUCUGGUACCUUAGGACACAUCUCGCCGACGAAUGCCAAAAGUAAGUUGAGAGAAGCAGAGACUGUCACGGCCACAGUUCAGAGCUGUGGCGGCUCCAGGUUGGGAACUGUUUUGGUGAAGGCGCUCGGCGGACUCACCCCUGCUGUCCUGUGCCCGCGCCUCUGUGACAGACCGCUCGCUGCAGCCCAGACGCCCAACACGAGUGUGCUUUACAGCGAUUUUUCGUAAAAGUGAAAAUCUUUGUAUUUCUUUCAGUUAGUGGAAACAGGUCCUGAUGUUGGUUUCAGUAAAGGACCGAGGAAAUUAAAACAGGAAAAAAGUUUCUUCUGUUGCCGUUUACUCUCUCACCUCUGCUGUGUCGCGGCAGCAGCGGGAGCCAGGGCCCUCGCGGGGCAGGGCAUGUUCCUGGCACUUACCUUGAAGUUUGUCCCUCUCGACCCACUGUCCUCCUGCUCCCCUGACCCCACGUUGAACUCGUCCUGGAUCCAGCUCUUCCUUCAUGUCUGCGAGUGAAGUAUUAGGAUUUUCUCCUUUAGAUGCACGUGUAUUUUGCUGGUCUCUUCCCCAGAUUGUUCCUCAGGGAAACCAGACUCGGUACACGCCCUGUCCUGGGAGUCCUCCCUGUCCCUGGAUUCUCGCCAUCUUCGAGCUCUUGGUCCCCUUGUACAUUCUGUCUCCUGAGGCUACUGUACCCUCGGUACUUCCUCCCUGGGGCGACUCCUGUGCUGCCAUCGGGGCUCCCAUGAUGGGCACUUCCUAUUGGGAAACUCUCGUGAUCUCUUUCUGAACACAGUUAGCCAAACUCAAGGCUAAGAACACAGAGCUCCCGAGAAUGCCAAGACAGCCCAGGUCAUCCGAAACCACUGGAAGUGCAGAGAUCUCCCACGGCUACCCUUAGGUGACAAGGACAAACCCAAGACCACAGACCCCACGGCUUGUGAGCCAGCCCUGCCUGGGGGGGCCUCAUUCCAGGAACUAAGACAGGGUGACGCAGGGAGCUGCCAGCGGGGCCACACCGAGGGUCAGGGUGGACGCUUGAGACCAGGGUUUGAACCCCAGAGGGAGAAGCUCCCUGAGCAAACGAGCGCUGGACGUGCCGGUGUAGGGGCAGCCGCUGGUGCGCGCUCGCGGCUGGCGCAGGGCCCGGUCCCUCCAGGCGGUGCCGUCCGUGGCCGCGACUCCUGUGGGUCGGAUAAAGGUCUCAUGGUUCAAGAAGAGGAAAAUGCCUUCAAGUGCAGUGAAUGCGGGAAGACUUUUAAUAAGAAGCACCUUCUUGCUGGACAUGGAAAGAUUCACUCUGGAGUGAAGCCCUACGAAUGCACCGAGUGUGGGAAAACCUUCAUCAAGAGCACACACCUCCUCCAGCACCACAUGAUCCACACGGGCGAGAGGCCGUACGAGUGCCUGGAGUGCGGGAAGGCCUUCAACCGCAGGUCCUACCUCACGCAGCACCAGCGGAUCCACAGCGGGGAGAAGCCGUAUCAGUGCAGCGAGUGUGGGAAGGCCUUCACCCACCGCUCCAAUUUUGUCCUGCACAGGAGGAGACACACCGGGGAGAAACCCUUUGUGUGCAAAGAGUGUGGGCAGGUCUUUCGACACCGGCCGGGUUUCCUUCGACAUCACGUCGUCCACACCGGCGAGAGUCCCUACGAGUGCUUCGAGUGUGGCAAGGCCUUCAAGCACAGGUCCUACCUCAUGUGGCACCAGCAGGCCCACACCGGGGAGAAGCCGUACGAGUGCUCCGAGUGCGGGAAGGCCUUCAACCGCCGCUCGGGGCUCACGAGGCACCGGCGGGUUCACAGCGGGGAGAAGCCCUACGCGUGCGUGGAGUGCGGGAAGGCCUUCUGCUGGAGCACGAACCUCAUCCGGCACGCCGUCAUCCACACCGGGGAGAGGCCGUACAAGUGCGGCGAGUGCGGGAAGGCCUUCAGCCGCGGCUCCUCCCUGGCCCAGCAUCAGAGGCUUCAUACCGGGAGACGCGCCGCCGAAGCGGGGAGGCCCUUCUCGGGCGGGCCGUCCUCCGCCACCCUGCGAGAACUCCUUCUGGGGAGAGACUUGGUGGGCGCAGCCCCUGAGCCAAACCUUGUGCCGGAGAGCACACGUCCCGUGGCACCUGACGCAGCACAGCGAAGAGCGGCCCCGCGGGGGCCUGCGCCGGGAGAGCCGCUCCGGCCCGGGCCGCCAGGAGCCGGGCGGGGCCUGCAGCCACAGUUUUCUUCUUCGCCCUCGCUGCCGCGUUAGCUCAGGAAUUUGUAUAAAAUGGUGGAGACUCGAAAGGGCAGAUGAAAUGAAAGUUUUGGGAGACUUCUCUGUCAAGCUUUGUCAAGCACUUUGUCAGGGGAUUCCUUAGUUUACUCGGGGCGGGGGCUGUGGGCCUGGACCCUGUGUGUGUCUUGUGUAUACGUCAUGACUACGUGCCGGGACACUUAGACGGUCGAGGGCAGCCGUUAACAGUGGCAGGUAGACACACAAGAAUGGGCACAUUUUGUUGCGACAGUUAAGGCUUUAAGACUUACGGUUUAGGAGACAAACUUCUUUGGUUUUAAACACCAGACGUUUUCUUCAUCCCGUCUAGCCGUUUCUGUAGCUGUACAGUAAACGUCGAGUGGGUCAGAGUGAUUGCUCUCUCCAUUACCUACAUGGAUUGAGCUCGCCUGGGUCCUUUGACUUUUCAUAUAAAUCUUAGGAUGCAAAAGAUCGUGUCCGCAUUUUUGUAGGAAUUGGUUCAGGUCUAUAGAUCUGUUUGUUGGGAAGCAGCACCUCGAGCAUCGUACGUGCUGUGACACUUCAGUUAUUUAAUUCUUGAUAUUUCCUGACUGUUUUCAUGAUUUUCAAUACAGCCUCUUUAUCUUUGUUAAACAGAUUUGUAACUAGGUGCUUUGUUUUUUGUUUUUUUUGGAGUGAUUGUAAAUGGCAUUGAUUUUUACACUUUGAUUUUCCAUAUGCUCUUUAGUAGUCUGCAGAAUGAUCAUUGGUUUGGAGAUGAUAUUUUGGUAUCCUGUAACCUUGCUAGACUCACAUUAUUUCUAUCCGUUUCUAUGCAUAGAAUCUUUAGAAUUUUCUGCAAAGAUAGGUCAGCUGCACAUAGAGUUUUACUUCUUCCCUCCCAUCUGCAUAUCUGUGACUUUAUUUUCUUAUGCACUAGGUGUACUUCCAAGGUGAUAAUCAGGUAGGAGUAGUAAGAAAGGAUGCCCUUGACAAAUUUCUCAGAUGAGGUGGGAAAUGUUCAAUUUUUCAUCAAAUGUGAUGUUAAAGUUCUUUUUGGACUUUUCUUAUCAAGUUUAGAAAAUUUCCAUCUAUUACUAAUUUGCUGAGAUUUUUUAAAUUAUGAAUUAAGAGUUGGACUUUGCCAAAUGCUUUGCCUCCAUCAGUUGAUGUGAUUGUCUGAUUUUUUUUUCCUAUAGCUUAUUGAUAAGAUGUAUUACAUUGAUUAGUUUUGAAUAUUGAACCAGUCUUGCAUCCUUGGAAUAAAUCCCACUUGGUUGUGGGGUAUAAUUUUUUUCCAUAUCAUACAUUAAAACAUUCCAUUUAACUAUAUUUUGUGGAGGAAAUUUUCCUCUAAUUUUUUGAAUUCAGAAUAAUUUUUAUAUUGGAUACAUUGGAUAGUUUUAAGUUUGCCAUUUUCAAGGACUUGUUCCAUUUUAGCUAAAUUUUCUAGUUUGUAGACUUGUUUGAAAUACUUCCUUAUUGCCAUUUUAAUGGUAGCGGGAUCUAUACUUCUGUCUCAUUUUAGUCCUGAUUUUGGAAAUAGGCCUGCUCUCUCUUUGUCAUUGUCCAUUUUCUCAGGCAUUUGUCAGUUUUAUUGAUGAUUUUGAAGAACCAGCACUUUAUUUCAUUUCUUUCUCUCUACUGUAGUUUAUAUAAUUUCACUAAUUUCUGUUCUGAUCUUUAUUAUAUAUUUUCUUCUACUUGCUUUGGUUGUAUUUUGCUCUUCAUUUCUUUUCCGUUUUAAACAUUUACUGCUGUAAACUUCCCUUACGGCGUUGUGACAGCUUCCUCCCACAAGUGUUGUUUUCUUAAGUUUAUCUGUUUUGUGUGAGAGAGAGAGAAUACACACAUGCGUGCCCAAGGGAGGGGCAGAGAGAUGGAGGGAGAGAGAGAAUUCCAAUUCUGCCCUCAGGGCAGGGCCCAGUGCCGGGCUUGAACUCACCAAUCAUGAGAUUAUGACCCCCACCCCCUGCAACAUAUUUAAUUAGUUUAUUCAGCUCUUUAGAGACUUUACUGGGUUCAUGGAUUGUUGUUUAGUUUUCUAGUGUUUAGAGUAUUUUCUGUAUCUUUUGUUAUCAGAUUUCUAGUUUAUUUCAUAUUUGGCCUGUUUAAAUUUCAAGUGUUUAUGACCCAGUGUGUCUUCUUGAAUGUUCUAAAAGGCCGCUUAAAAAGAAUGUGUUCUGCUGUCAUUGGAGUUUCUGUAAAUGUCUGCACGAUCCUCUUCGUUGAUAGUAGUAUUCACAUUUUCUGUAUCCUCCCUGACCUGUUCAGUAUUUCUGUCAGUUCCACAGAGAGGAUGAUGACGUCCUGAAGCGUAACUGUCGGUUCAUCUUUAAAUUCUAUUAUUUUCUGCUUCAGGUAUUUUAAGCUCUGUUGUUUGGUGCGUUCACAUUUACUACUGAUAUGUUAUCUUGGUGUAUUGACCCUUUCAUUAUUUAAUGUUGCUUUUUGUCCCUGUUCAUUCUCUUGCCUUUGAAGCAUACUUGAGUGAUAAUAUAGUCCCUACUGCAUGUUUUUAAAUGUUUAUUUCUAAGAGAGAGCGGGAGAGGGGCAGAGAGGGAGACAGAGUGUCCCAAGCUGGCUCUGGGCUUCCAACAAAGGGCUCGAACCCACAAACCUGUGAGAUCCUGACCUGAGCCGCGUCAGACACCUAACCAGCUGAGCCCCCCAGGCGUUCUUCCCUAUUGCAUGUUUGAUUAAUGUUUGCAUGGUUUCUAAUUUUCCAUAAUUUUAUUUUCAGCCUUAUCUGUGUCACUACGUUUGAAAGAAGUUUCUUAUAGCAGCAUAUGGUUGGGUCAUGUUUUAUUUUUUAAUCUCUUCUACAUUCUUUUAAUUGGUAGAGUCACAUCACUUAAAUUGAAAUAAUUAUUAGUGUGUUAGGGCUUAAAGUCACCAUUUUUUAAAUUUGUUUUUUUGUUUGUGUUCCCUUUACGUUGUUUGUCUUGUUUUCCAGAUGUUUUUGUUAUUUUCCUUUUCUGUUUUGUGUCAUUUGUUGUUUUUUUGCAUUCCUGUGGGUUACUCCAACAGCUUUUAGAAUUCCAUUUGAUAUGCCUAUGAUGUUUUGAGUACAAGUUCUUAGUUUUUGUACUGUAGGCGUCGUAUAUGCAUAACUUAUCACAGUUUAAUAUUUUCAGCAUUUUCAGCACUUUGAUAUAUAGAAACCUUAAUUCCAUUAGGUUCCUUUGCAUUUUACAUUUUAAACCUAAUUAUUCUAUGUAUUUACCUUUGUACAUCAAGCACCAUGUUGGAUGUUGUAGUUUGUGCCUCAACUGUCAAAACAUUUUUUAACAAAACUCAUGAAAAGCAUCGUCUAUUUAUCUCUAGUUUUACUCAUUCCGUUUCCAUUAUUCUUUCUCCCUUCUUGAAGUCCCAGACCUGAUGUUAACAUUUCCCUUCUGUUUGGCAAAUUUCCUGUAGUCUUUCUUCUGGGGGAGGUCUGCUCUUGACAAAUGAUUUUGAUUUCCUUCACCUAAAAAUAUUUCUGUGUCCCCUUCAACCUGAAGGAUGUUCUCAUGGGAUAAACGGUGGGGUUUACCGUUCUUUAGUACAAGAAAAAUCUGUUACCUCUUUGUGUCCUCCAUGGUUUCAGAUGGGAAACCUACUUCCGGCUGUUGCGCCCCUUGUUCCCGUCUGUAGCGCGUCCUUUCUGUGAGGGGCUUUCAGAGCGAUUCUGUCUGUAGUAUUUGUAAGUGUGAUUACGAUGUGUCCUGGCAUAGAGUUUUUGGAGUUUUCCUGUUUGGUGUUUAACUUUUGAAAGCCGAAGGCGUGUGUCCUUUGCCAAAUCUGGGGAACUCUCAGCAGUUGUGUCCUCAUGUAGUUUUUCAGCCCCGCUCUUUCUCCUGUCUUUCAGGGGCUCGAAUUAAAUACGUUUUCAAAUUUUUUUGUUUAUCUAGUCUGUUUUCUCCCUGUUACUCAGCUUUAUCAAUUUCCAAUGGAUCUUUCCUUGAGCUCACUGAAUCUUUGGUCUCUCAUCUCCUAUUGAGCUUACUCAGUGAGUAAUUGUUUUUGCUUUUGUGGUAUUUGUUUUUGUUUUGUUUUGUUUUCCAGUUUAAUUUCUACUGAUUUCUUUUUUUAUAUUUCCUAAUUCCUUGCCUAGUUCCUAAUACCAAAGAAGGACUCUUAGAAAUAAAACAGGCAAAACUAUGUAGUCCACAGUCCUGGUUCUCUGGUGGUCUAUCUUGAUACUGGAAUAGAAAUCCUAAAGUAUCUAGAGAAAUGGAACUCCUGUCAUCCACAAACAUUUCUUAAAACUGAAGGUCUGCAGCUUGCUUAGGGCUGUAGUCUCCAGGGAAGGUUCAUGUGUACACCCCAGUUCUGUAAGCCUUGUUGAAACCCCAGAGGGGAAGGGGGCCCUCCUCUCCAAGGGUCACUCUUCCUCUUUGUGGUUGGACGCAUAACCCCAGCUCCCCAGCUGCAGGACCUGGUGCAUCUAAGCCCUCACCACGUGGUCUUGAGCUUCCCCUCUGAAUCCCCUUCUAGCCUCAUAAUCAGCCCGGUGUUCAGGUCUCUGGUCUCACCCCCUGGCCCUUCCUGCGCCACGUGCCCCGUGAGCUCCGCCCUUCCUUCUCUCUGCCAGACACACCCUGUGUCACUGUUCCGUCUGCCGUCUGGCCUCACCCCCACAGCCUCCUCCACUCCGCUGAGCACCUAGCUGACCACUUAAGCCGUGGCCAUUGUCACCUGACGGAAGCCAGUCUCACAGAGUUCCCUCUCGUCCUCCCACGCUUCCCCUCCCCACCCUUGAACACACCGCCUGUCACUGGGCCUUCUGCUGCUGCCCACCUCUGACUCGAAGGUACUUUCCUGGUUCCCGUGACCUCCUGCCCUUCUCCUUCAGAGGCUCUGCGUCUUCUAUUAAACAGUCGUGCUUCUCUGAA